GAUCAGAUCAUUGCAGCUAACCCUCUGCUGGAGUCUUACGGUAAUGCCAAGACAGUGAGGAACGACAACUCGUCUCGCUUUGGUAAAUUCAUCAGGAUUCACUUCCAGGCUGGUAAACUGGCUAAAGCUGACAUUGAGACAUGUGAGUUGUUUUUGAUUAGGUCUUUCCAGCUGCCCGAUGAGAGAGGCUACCACAUCUUCUUCCAGAUGAUGACAGGCCACAAACCUGAGCUAGUUGAAUUGGCGCUCCUCACCACCAACCCCUACGACUUCCCCAUGUGCAGUCAGGGACAGAUCACUGUGGCCAGCAUCAAUGACAAUGAAGAGCUGGAUGCCACAGAUGAAGCCAUUACAAUCCUGGGCUUCACUAAUGAGGAGAAGCUUGGAAUCUACAAGCUGACAGGAGCUGUAGUGCACCAUGGCAACUUGAAAUUCAAGCAGAAGCAGCGUGAGGAGCAGGCCGAGCCAGACGGCACAGAGGUGGCUGAUAAAAUCGCCUACCUGCUGGGCCUGAACUCAGCUGAGAUGUUGAAGGCUCUGUGCUACCCCAGAGUGAAGGUCGGCAACGAGUAUGUGACCAAGGGACAGACUGUGGCUCAGGUUAAUAACUCAGUCAGUGCUCUGGCCAAGUCCAUCUAUGAGAGGAUGUUCUUGUGGAUGGUCAUCCGUAUCAAUGAGAUGUUGGACACCAAGAAUCCAAGACAGUUCUAUAUCGGUGUGCUUGACAUUGCCGGGUUUGAGAUCUUUGAUUACAACAGCAUGGAGCAGCUGUGCAUCAACUUCACCAAUGAGAAACUGCAACAGCGUUUGAGAAGCCCAAGCCUGCCAAAGGCAAGGCAGAGGCCCCACUUCUCCCUGGUGCACUACGCCGGUACUGUGGACUACAACAUCACUGGGUGGCUGGAGAAGAACAAGGACCCCCUGAACGACUCAGUUUGUCAGCUGUACGGGAAGUCAGGAGUCAAAAUUCUGGCUGCCCUGUAUCCCCCUCCCCCUCCUGAGGAUAAAGCCAAGAAAGGAGGCAAGAAGAAGGGUGGUUCCAUGCAGACUGUGUCCUCCCAGUUCAGGGAGAACUUACAUAAGCUGAUGACCAAUUUGAGGAGCACUCAUCCUCACUUUGUGCGCUGCCUGAUCCCCAACGAGUCAAAGACUCCAGGGUAUCAGGAUCUGCAGAAAGGAUUCCCCAGCAGAAUCAUCUAUGCUGACUUCAAGCAGAGGUACAAAGUACUGAAUGCCAGCGUCAUCCCUGAGGGCCAGUUCAUGGACAACAAGAAGGCUUCUGAGAAGCUGCUUGGGUCCAUUGAUGUGAAUCACGAGGAUUACAAGUUUGGACACACCAAGCCCGGUCUGCUGGGUGUCCUGGAGGAGAUGAGAGAUGAGAAGCUGGCCUCUCUGGUCGGCAUGGUCCAGGCUCUCAGCCGUGGAUUCCUCAUGAGGAGAGAGUUCACCAAGAUGAUGGAGAGGAG